AUUCCGAGUCAACAAGCACGGAAGCGUUUGGUUCCAGGUCGCGGAUCCUCUCUAUCGAUGCUGUCGUGGUGGCUAAUUUCGGUAAAAUUGUUGCGUCCUGACAUGGGUUUUGUCGCAACACAUCAGUUGGAUUACGCCGCGACGAUCAAGAAUCUGCUCUCUGCUCUGCGGAUAAUUGGCGUGUGAUCUUCUAAUGCUCACAUGGUGUGCCUGAGAACCCGAAGAGUAGAUGCCCGAUUUUGCAUGGGAUUGCAGACAUCUCCUCCUGAAAUUUUGCUCAGGUAUGGGCUGCGGGUAGUAUUGUAAACUUCCCUUCGAAACUUUAAGGAAGAAAGAUGCUCUUGCACUGCCUUGGGUGGUCAUUGCCACUUGGAUUAUGCAAGGAUCGUAGACUCUUUACUUUGAUGCAAUACGCCAAAAGAGUUCGACUGGCCCAUGACGAGGACCCUCAAGGUCACUUUGAGAGGCUGAGAUCAUUCGCUUCCCGGAAAGUGGAAUUAGUAAAGGUGGUUGUAAUGGCUGCAGCCUACUUGCCUUCGCCUUGCUCUCUCCGCUCGACAUGGAGCGGUAAUCACAGGAUUUCCCGCCGUGGCGUCGGUGUGCCAGGCAUUGAACCUCCACAGUACGCGUUGCAGAGGCGAAAUCGUUUACAAGCUAAUGAAGGUCCUGAAUCUGCUGCAGGUGCAGAGGUACGAUGGGGGAUCGACUCAACCUUGCCGUUGAAGAAAUUGGGCUGUUUUUCGAGACCGUCUCGGACCCAUUUUUCUUUCAAGAAAGCAGGACGAUGGCGGCGAACAGGGACUGUUCGCGCACGAUUCGACUUCCGUGGGAACAGCUCUGAGCAGACGAGAGAAGAAGAUGCUUCCAUCCUUAUGGAAAUGACAACUCUUGUUGAUGAGCUCUUGAAGCUGAAAGAAGUCGUGAACGAAACUAACAAAGGAGUGGGUGCUGAUGUUCGAAAUAGAGUGGAUGUCUUGUACAACCGCGCCACACUGCUCAAGUACUCGGCAGAAAAUACGAUAGCUAAUGGUGGCCGUGUCCCAGUGCAGCUCACAGCAACCUUGAAGGGCUUACAAAGAGAACAUGCCUCUGUAGAGAAUAUUGUCCGUCUUGCGAUGAAGGCUGGACCAGUUAUUACAGAUGUUGAAGCUCCGCCAAGCAGUAUUGACUCCUUUUUAAAGGAAGCAGUCAAGGUAACAAAGUUGGAGGCUAGUGGUAAUGAUACUCAAAUUUCGGCUAUUGUGCUGAAGGAAAAGGAAGACGGAAAUGCGUCUGUGUUUGAAUCACUCACUCUAGAAAGCUCCUUGAAAACAGUGGAACAGCCUGCAACAUUCGGGACGGAGGGGUACGUGAUGAGCGCACCGGCAGCAAAUAAUUCGUCACUACUUGCAGUCUUUCGAGAGGAGAUUGAGCGCCGGGUGAUUGAACAGCUCGCUCGGAAAACGAAGUUGACGGAGCCUGAGCGGGAUGAUGGAUAUCUAACAUCCGAAGGUCUUAGACUAUUUCAAAACCUCCCAUUGAGUGGAAGGAUGUCAACAAAGCGUGAAAGGAAAGCUGAAAAACAUGAAGCGCAAGCAGCAGAUACAUCCAGCACUGAACUCGAUGCUCCAGAAGCUCGGCCUUUUUUCCUUCAAGAAUCGCAAGAGUUAAACAGUUUGGCAGAUGAACAGCAACAGUCAACGGCAGUUGAAGCGGCAACCAAUUCGAAAGGGAGAGAGAAGCUGCUAAGAAACCUAGCAACAUUGGAACAAUUGUUGUCAGCUGCUCAAGAAGACCCAGCUAGAGCAGAGAAAGCAGAGGCGCAAUUGCAACAUUUGACAGAAGAGAUAGUGGCUACGGUGCCCUUGGAUGUACAUGAACAAGUGGUUAGGCUGGAAAGAGAGUCACUGGUGGUGGCUCGAACAAAGUUAGCUCAAGUCACAACUGAAUUGAGGGAGAAGGAAGCUAUGUUAGUUGCACUGAAGCAAGAAAUGAUAACUGAACAAAAGAGCCUUCGGGAUAAAGUGAGGGAGCUAUCCAAUGAACUCUCUGAGCGAAUAACGCCGGAGGAAGUGGAAGUUGCUGUUAACAAUGCGGUGCAUGAGUUGGAGACGGAACUGCGAAAGACCUUGAAGAGGGCAGAAUCCAUGAAGCUAGAGUUAGAGGCCAAUGAAAACCUUCUAAAGCAGCUGCAGCAAGAAUGGAAUGCGGAAAGAGCUAGUUUAUGUAAAGAGCUUGCCAAUGUGAAGAGGAAGUUGACGGAAUUACAGAUGGAACAUGCUGAGGACAGGGCCAGAUUCAUCGAAGCAGCAGAUAAGGUGAAUGAAUUAGAGGACUCGGUGAUCAGAUUGCAGAAUUCAAUGAUGGAGGCUGAAGAAGUCAGGAAACAUAGAGAUAGAAGUGUUCUUGCGACGGUGAAGUCGUUAGUUGCAGACAUGCUAAAGACAAAACGAGCACAGACGAAGAGCAGAGCACUCAAUUUUAGGUUAUCAGAAGCUUCGAAAUCAUUAGAUGUAAAUGACAAAUGUGAAGUCGAAGAUCCCGAAGCACAACAACUGAACUAUGCUGAAGAUGUGCUGGGAUCGAUGUUUUCUGGGGAGAAAGCUACGGCACUGGAGGCUUUCUUCAUCAUGAUGGGUGUUCUAAUACAACAAGAGAACGAGAAAAUGACUACAACCAAUCUGCUAUCAAGGGAAAUUAGUAAUGGCGCAGCAUUUGGCGGGUCCACCGAUGGCAUCCUCGAACACGAUCUCAGUAACCUGAGGAGCUCUAAAGUUGACGUAAAAAUGAUCAAGCCCACCAUCACCUUGUAUUAUGAGAGCAGUUGGGAGUUUGCUCAUCUUCACUACUCGGCUGAUAAUUCCGCAUGGACGGAGUUGCCUGGUGUUUGCAUGCGCAAUGAAGUUCUCGUGAACAACGUGCCAGUUAAGGUUAUAGACGUCGAGGGUAAUUCAAUUGAGUUCGUUUUGACGGAUGGAAAAGGCUCUUGGGAUUGUGCCCCAAGCAAAGAGAACUAUCACAUAAGAAGCAGCGGCACAUUUUUUCUGUCCUCUGGACUCAUUGAGCAGAGGACAUGAUACUGCUGUUCCGGAUGGAGAAACAUCAGUUGAUCAUUUCUCCUUUCUUCACGCCAACCGAAAAGGAUGUCUAGCAAGCAAAGGCAGCGUGUAGAUUCUUUAUUUAGCCGGCACGGAAUUACCGAGUGACAUCAUCAUCAGAAUAUUAUGUAUAUGCCAUAGAAUAAGCUGUUAGUUGUAAAUUUGUACUUCAAACCUGUGAAGUACUGUUUGAGCAAGAAAUUACCGAACUUUAAUUUUCAUCCCAA